AUGCCCGGCGUCGUCAUGGACAAUGCCAACGCCGAGGGAUCUGUGCGAAGGACGGACCUCAAUGAGGCUACAAAUGGGGCACCUGGCUUGUUCGGGAACAAUGACAAGUCCGGUCAACACUCUGCUUCGAUGAACGGGCCGGUCCAUGUGAAUGGCGCCGGGAGAGGGACCGAUAAUUCGAAAACGUCAUCUCCAACUGUAGGAGAUACCGCACUGGCACCUUUUGAACUGCCACACAUUACGCAAGGGUUCUUCCCAUUCGGAACACUCAUCAAUCGGGCUGUGCAGCAGUGCUGGAAUGAUCUUUCCGAGCUGAUCACCGAGUUAGCUGCGAUCCAAGUUUCUUCUGAAGGUCCAGCUGCGCCAAUUACAAAUGGGAAGUCUCCGGGUAACCAGUCUUCUGAGAAUGUUCACAAGAAACUACGGAUCCUGGAUUUUGCGCAUGCCAAAAGAGCCGAGUUUAUCAAGCUCCUGGUCCUUUCGCAAUGGAGCCGACAGGCUGCAGAGGUUAGCAGGCUCAUUGAUAUACAAGGCUUCAUCCGUACGCGACACCAAGCAUAUGAUUCCGCAGUUCAAUAUGUUGGCGAAGUGAAGCGAGACCUCGUUCGGGCACAAGUAGCCAACCCUGAUCUGAAAACCGCUCUAGAGGUACUUUCAAGAGGUCGAGUGGUAUCUCUACCAGAUUUCGGCUAUAAGCCUCCCAAACCUUUGACUGCACGCGUGACGCUUAAGAAGCUAUAUAAGAUCAACCGAAUCAUUAGCGUUAGGCUGGCAUUGCAUGACCAAGCACCACGCCCAAUGCGGAAUUAUCGCGUUCAUGAUGGCCGGGUUACGUUCACGAUCCCUGGAGAAUUCGAGCUCGAUCUUUCGGUGGCUGAAGAGGCGAAAACUUCACAAUUCUUCUUUGUGGACAUUCGCUUCCUUUUUACUCCGUCGUCCCCCGUUCCGAAAGGUCGUAUCUUCAACGAACUCGAUGCGAAGGUCAACGACCUUCUUCGCAGCGAAGGCCUGGUUGGAUGUUUUAACUUUCUGCAUGGGUUGGUCCUGACAAACAAGAUAAAUACCCUAUUCAAACAAGCCAGUGAUCUUGCACGAGGCUUAUGGUCCGAGGCUCUACGCAUUGAGCUGCUACAUCGAACCCUGGUUGUUCAAUAUUGGCCACUGCGGACAGGACCAAAAAGCUGGCUGGAGAUCGGCGUUCGAAGAGGUCCACGCAAAACCUAUUCCCAAGAUGCUGGAGACGAGGUGUCACGUCUUGGUCUUCGCUGGAUGCGAGACGGCCAACAAGCGAACAGCGAUGCUGUUCAGUUCGAUUCGGACAGCCUCUCCAUGGAACGUAUUUUACGAAGCGUCAUUGCAUUGCACACCUCGCAUCUCCUUGUGACUGCGUAUACCACCUUGAAAAAGUACAGUCUUUUCUCCAGUCGCGCGCUGUCUUUGUGUGCGCAACUAUCUCCGACAGAGCCAGGAGAUUGCUAUUUCGACAUACAAUUAACAACCUCCCGGUAUCUUCGGGUUUCUGUCGAACCCUUGUCAGGGUCGAUCACGCUGUCCGGUACAUCAAGCGCCUUGGAGCGCCCCGAGGGCGAAAGAGCUCCUAAUAAAUCGGCAAUCGAGGAGUUACUCUCUCGCGUCACGCGUCUUAGAUGCCUCACUGCGGUUGAUGAAAUAGAGUCUGGGACAAAGGCACUCGGCCUUGAGAGUGUCAACCAGAGAGGUUUGGGGCUUGAUGUCCGUCGACUGUUCCCUUCCAGUGUAUUGCGCUCCGCAUUUUUCACUCAUCAGCUCUGGGAUCGUCGCUGGGUCGCUGCUGUGACAAGCAGCAUGGAUGGCGAUAGCUGGUGGUUAGUUCAACUUCGCUCGGCGGACACAGCUCGCAGUGCGACGUCGUACUCUUUUCAUGAUCCCAACGCCGGUUUCUCGCUAGCCCAUGCAGUCUGCAACACUUUGAUGGCUCAACAAGGACGGUUUGACUACACCACCUGCGCAGAGCUGGUAUAUGGCCUGACGGGAAUGCUGGCAAUCUACGCCAAUGCACGGUGCUUGGCAGACCUGCCCAAUGCUCACUUUUAUCCACCGCUAGAGAAAUUGCAGUUGGGGUCUGACAUUCAGGUACCGGAUCUCUUCUUGCAGUAUAAGGCGUCUACAAUUCCACCCGCUUUCCGAAUAGCGCUGCCCUCGGGGCUCGAGAGAGGAUCCUAUCUACAGGAUACCGUCCGUCUCUCAUUCCAUGGGGUUGACCACCAAAGUCAAUCAGCAGUUCUGAUGGCGUAUGGCACUUUGCGAUUCCGUAUCAAAUGUCUUCUCCCACUUGUCUCCAAGAUGGACCCUUCCCUGCUCCUGCAGGACAAAGGUGGUGGUUUUGCGCUUCGCUUGCUUGUACCGGCUGGUCACUCCGUUAUUCUUGGCCUAUUUGAGCGGUUACAACGACUUGAAUGUGUCCUAUCCAUCCUUCAAUCUCUCAUCCAGAAGGGCAUGGAGCCUCGGUUCUUGUCGCUGUCCCAGAUCUCAUUCUCUUACGGCCCGAACAAGAAGCUCUCUGGCCGAUUCGGCAUCAAUGUUUCGGGGCCCUCGCUAUCAACCUACAUCGACGUUCCUCAAGCCCUGUCGAAAGCCGAUCCCCUCUUCCAGCUGCGAUUGCGGGUUAGUUUCGACAGCCCCAGCCCUCACCGUCGCAUUUCAGAGUCCCUUACAGUGGCUUUGAACCAUCGCUUUGCUGAAUCAGGCGUCGAUUCCAUCCUCGGUUUCAUGGCAGAUACAUUCCCGCUGCUGCACUGCUUGGAUCAAAUUACCCUCAAGCCGGCACAGACGGAAUCUUCCCUGGUGCAUGUUACUGUGAGGACACCCAUUUCCUUCGAAAUCCAUUAUCCUCGCCUAAAGUCUCGUUUCCGAUUGUCCGCUCGCCCACGGCGGGGCCGCUCAGUAUGGGUUUUGGAGGACUCAAAUCAAUCUGGCUCGCCCGAUCACAGUCAGAUAGUUUCGGCCGUGCGGGAGAAGGUCUACAACUCGAAAGGCGAUGGGUGGCAGGGCCUUGGAGAUGGUGCCAUGUCUAACAUCGACAAAGUGGGAAAUCUUCUUUCCAGGCUCCACGAGUGUUUGGGCGCUUGUCAUCCCGUGCCCAUCAAGCGGGGCGAUGAAGGGAAACAGGAGCAGCCUCCUUCAGCCCCGCCACGUCUUCAGGGGGUCCCGGUGUCCCCCAAACCAGUCAAGACCUCGCCACAGAAGGCCGGGGUUGGCAAGGCCGACAUCAUAAUGAUUGAUUAG